UUUCAUGCUCCCUCUCUCUCUCCCUCUGUCAGUGUCAUUCAGUAGUGGAGAUGUGGAGUGUCUUUCUGUCUCUCUGUCUGUUUUUUCAGCCCAAUUCAGCUGAGGAAGUGAUGCUGCUGGACACAACAGAGUCUACCUCAGAGCUGGGCUGGACCACCUAUCCUGACACGGGGUGGGAUGAGGUCAGUGUCCUGGACGACCGGGGGAAGCUCAUACGAACCUUCGAGGUCUGUAAUGUCAACCAAAAUCCCCGUCAGCAAGACAACUGGUUGGCUACGCCCUUCCUGUACCGCCACUCUGCUCCACGGGUGUUUGUCACGCUGCGUUUCUCGGUGCGUGACUGCGCCAGCCUGCGAUCACCGUCACCCACCUGCCGGGAGACGCUCACCCUGUACUACAAACAGGCCGACUCUCAGAGGGAGCUGGAGAGGACCUGGGCAGCCGAGCCAUCCAGCGGAGAGAAGGAGACCAGGGAGGGCUGGGUGAAGAUCGACACCAUCGCAGCUGAUAAGAGUUUCUCCAAGGUGGAGCCCAGCUCACCUCACCAGUACCAACCCAACAGAUACAGCCGAAUCAACAUCAAGACACGCAGCUUUUCCCCACUCACACGCAACGGAUUCGUCCUGGCCAUCGUCGACAGCGGAGCUUGUGUUUCCCUCAUGGGCGUGUCUAUCUUCUACCGGCGCUGUCCAGCCACCAGUGUGCACUUGGCAUCCUACCCGGCGACACCUUCAGGGGCGGAGCCGACUGCCUUAGUUCCCGUGAGCGGGACGUGUGUCCCCCACAGUAAAGCACAGGGAGGAACGCCCCCUCGUAUGCACUGCAAUGCUGAAGGGGAGUGGAUGGUUCCAGUGGGAGGAUGUGUCUGUGAUGAAGGCUACGAGCCGAACGUCAAUGGAUCCGCCUGCUUGGCGUGUCCAGUGGGCUACUUCAAGUCGGUUGCAGGCUCCGUUCCCUGCUCGGUGUGUCCCUCCAACAGCAGAACCAGCCAGGAGGGCUCGAGUGUGUGUGAAUGUCGCAGCGGAUUCUACCGGGCAGCCAACGAUGCCAACUCUUCUGCCUGCACAACUCCUCCAUCUGCUCCGGUCUCGCUGUCCUGGGAGUAUGAGAGCGGCGAAGGCGGGGUGUCCCUAAGGUGGCGCCCUCCAGUGGACAUGGGAGGGCGCAAUGAGGUGUGGUACGGGGUGGUGUGUCGCAUCUGCCCCUCAGCCACCUUCACCAAUCCAGCCUCAUGCUCCUGGUGUGGGGAGGGCGUCACCUUCAGCCCCUCCCAAACGAACCUGAAGCAAACGAAGGUCACCCUCAACAACCUGCUGACCAGAGUCACUUAUCUCAUACAGGUGCAAGCCAUGAAUGAGGUGUCAGCUUUGAGUCCUUUUCCAGCUCGAUACACGAGCAUCAAUUUCACUACGAGCCAGUCAGUUCCCAGCACAGUUCCCAUGAUGCAUCAGCUGAGCCGAGCCCCAGACUCCAUCACUCUCUCGUGGCCUCAGCCGGACAGGCCUAAUGGAGACAUCCUGGAGUACCAGCUGAGAUACUACGACAAGGGUUCGGAUGUGGACAGCGCGGCGAGCGUGUACAGUGAGACCAACACAGUGACUGUCAACUCUCUGAUCCCCGGCUCCAUCUACGCAUUCCAGAUCAGAGCUCGAAAUGAGAGGGGAUACGGCCCCUACAGCAACACCAUCUACUUCACCACGCUGCCUCUGGAAGAACACUCACAGCAAAUCCAGAACCGACUUCCUCUGUUGGUUGGGUCAGUGAUGGGUGGAGCAGCGUUCCUCCUGGUGGUGGCAGCCAUUGUGGUCGUGGUGGUAUUUCGCAGUCACUCAUGUUGUUUGCUUUCACGUGGCAGUAAGAGGAGGGAGAGUCCGUACAGUGACAGACUGCAGAGGUACAUCAGUAACCGAGGUGGAGUUAAGUAUUACGUGGACCCAUCCACUUACGAGGACCCCAGUGAGGCUGUCAAAGAGUUUGCCCGUGAGAUAGAUCCCACUCAUCUCAAGAUUGAGGAGGUGAUCGGUGCAGCCCAGUUUGGAGAGGUUUCUCGAGGCCGCUACCGCCCGCUGGGUCGCAGGGAGGUGCUGGUGGCGGUGAAGACUUUACGCUGGGGGGCGUCCGACAGAGAGAGGGGGAUGUUCCUCAGUGAAGCAGGGGUCAUGGGACAGUUUGAUCACCCUAAUGUACUGAAGCUGGAGGGUGUGAUCACGCGUACGCCCCCAGAGAGAAUCAUCACUGAGUUCAUGGAGAACGGGCCCCUGGACGCCUUCCUCAGGGAGAACGAGGGCCAGUUCAGCGUCCUCCAGCUCAUCGGGAUGCUCAGGGGAGUUGGUGCAGGGAUGCGUUACCUCUCUGAGAGAAACUUUGUCCACCGAGACCUGGCGGCUAGGAACGUGUUGGUCAACUCCAACCUGGUGUGUAAAGUGUCUGACUUCGGCCUGUCCCGACUCAUGAGGGGCCUGGACCACAACAUCCCUACAUACACUGCCUCACUGGGCAGUAAGAUUCCCGUGAGGUGGACGGCACCAGAAGCCUUUCAGCAUCGCAAGUUCAGCUCGGCGAGUGACGUCUGGAGCUUCGGCAUACUUAUGUGGGAAGUGAUGUCGUAUGGAGAGCGUCCAUACUGGGACAUGAGCAAUCAAGAAGUGAUGAAGGCGGUAGCAGACCAGUAUCGUCUCCCUGCCCCCCACAACUGCCCCUCUGCCCUCCACUCUCUCAUGCUCCAGUGCUGGCAGGCCGAUCGAGGGGACCGGCCAGGCUUCGACUCGCUCCUUUCCUCCUUGGAUCGGCUCAUCAGGCACCCUGCCUCCCUCAAGGUGGAGCCAACUCGGAGCUGCUCUCAGCCGCUGCUCAGCCCCACCCCCACGGACUUAACGUCAGUGGCGACUGUCAGUGAUUGGCUGAAGGUGCUGAGGAUGGAGAGAUAUCAGGAUGAGUUCGAUCAGGCACACCUGGACACGUUAGACAGAGUCAGCAGGCUCAACAUGGAUGAUGUCCAGAACCUCGGGGUGAACCUGCUGGGACACCAGAGGAAGAUCGUCAGCGCAGCCCAGCAGCUCAGAGCCUAUCUGUCGCAGGGGCAGGUGGAGGUGUGAAAUCCACCCACACAACAACCUGUGCCAUGGAUCUCUGUGGUUUUCACACUCUGCUUGUUGUGUAUGGUUUCAUUCAUUUCGACGGAGCACAUUUAAACCAAAACAAAAAAGAGAAUCAGCUUUUGUUUGAGGAAAAAAGCACCGAGUGCCACUCUCUGUAUUCUGCUACACUUCGACCGACACUACAAUCAGAAGGGGUGAGACAGAGAAUCGGACUUCCUGCCAGUCACUCACAACAAAUGACACAGGAGAGAUGCACCAUGGGAGCUGCAGUCCGGGUCAAAGUGAGGUUAGGGAGUUGCCGAGGAGGAGGAAGAGGAGGACUUUAAAGAUUGCUCUAUGUUUUUCACUACAUUUCACUUUAUUGUUGUCUGUCCUCUUCUCUCCUCACCCGUCUGCAGUCCUACCUCUCACCUUCUCUUCCACUACCAUGAAACUUGUCAAUUUCCCCACCCUCAUUGAGUAGAAAAAAAAUCUAAAAUGUUUUUGUUAACAUACUUAUGGAGAUCUCUCCACACAAAGAAUUGCGUGAAGACAAUCAAAGCCUUUUUUCUAAUAUUUUUUGAGCUGUUUGUAAAGUUGUAUCACUUCCUCUCUACUUAAAACGCCAAAUGCUAAAAGCAAAAAACAGUUUACUACCUAGCAGCCUAUGGUUUGCCUUAUGAGGUAUUACCAUUAGCUUCCAGAAAAAUGUAUAGUUUGUUCAGUAGUUCCAACAUAAUGCUAUAAACCACCUGUCCAAAAUCAGUACUGCAAACCCUGAGGUUAGAUAUGAGUCACUGCCAUGAAUGUUAAAAAGAAACAAAAAAACUUUGAAAAACUGUAAGCCAUGUUCCCCCCUCUUUAAGACUUAUCCAGGGUUUGAGAGCCGCCCAGUUUGUACAUCUCACUCUCACUGUAGUGUCUCUCAGCAACAAUGGAGCUCAUGUACUGUGAUACUUCAAAAGUCACCUCAGCUGCAAACACAAACGUCAAUCUGCGAUGAAGACAGAACCGAACAGCACCCACCUUUAUGUGUACAUUUCACCCUUCACCUCUUUUUUUUUUUUGAUUGCUAGAGUAAAGACACUGAGUCAUUGAAGCGUUGUGAAUGUGUGAAAUGGGAAAGACGGACAAAAUCGGAUUUACACUUGAAGGAAGGAGGCGAAAUGCUUUGUAAGUAUGUACCCGUGUGUGUGUGUGUGUGUGUGUGUGUGUGUAACGUGUGUGUGUGUGCUGUAAAUGAGGCUGUGGUAAUGUGUGCAUCAGGUAUAUGCUGUACAUGACGCUGUGUGUGUGCGAGUGUGUUUGAGACAAGUGUGUCAGGCUACACACAUUAUUAGCUGUGUUUACUUGUACGAGUGUUCACCACUAUUC